GAGAGAGAGAGAGAGAGGCAGAUCUCCCUAACUCCAGUGAUUCCCAGACUGGCUGGCUGGCAGGAAGCUAUGCGCUCUUAUCUGUCCGCUCUGAUGGGGUUUCAAGCCCGUGCAAGCAGUGUUGGGGAUCCUGAGGGCAACACGGGUUUCUGCUGCUGAUCUCAGUCCCUGUCAUUUCUAACCCACUGACCAUAUCAGCCAACACAGGUGAGACUCGGGGCAAGCAAAUGGCGACUGUACUGGCGGCAAAUGGAUCGUCAACCAGUGACAGUUACUAGAAUCAAAAAAGGGCGCUGAGAGACGACCAAAUGCAAGCGGCCCAGGGACAACUGGCUGAGAUGGGAGUGGUACUCGUGUGUGCCCUUCUACCCCUCAUCUCUUUGUCACAUGCCUGUCCAAAGGAGUGUAGCUGCAACAGCGACAACAAAGUAGUAGACUGCCGGGGUCAAGGCCUGUAUGACAUCCCCAGACGACUGCAUCCCGACACCCAAGAGCUGUAUCUCCAAGACAACCGUAUCAGGGGGCUGGGAUCGAUGGCUUUCAGAGAAAUACCCCUUGUCCGCAUUCUCGACCUUUCCAAUAACUCUAUAACAACUGUUUCACCAACUGCUCUGCUGGGUCUCCGGACUCUGCAGCGCCUCAGCCUAGCCUACAACAGCCUGAGAGAGCUCGACAAGCGGUUGCUUGGACCUAUCCGCUCGCUUUCACACCUUGACCUCUCACACAACAGUCUGUGGGGUUUACCUGGAGCCAUUGGGGACAGUUUGAGGAACCUUAGCCACCUGGGGCUGGCACACAACAAGCUGAUACGGUUGGACCGCUCCCUGUUAGAGGCCCUGACCCGCCUGGACAGCCUCACACUACGAGGCAACCCCUGGAGGUGUGACUGCCAGCUCAUAGGCUUCAAACUAUGGCUGGAGACCUACCUCUUCAAAGGUGGAGUGCUGGACGAGGUUCUUUGCUCCCAGCCCGAAGAAAUGAGGGACAGAGACCUGCAGAAAGUCCCUUACCAGCUCUUUCAUGCCUGCAUGACAACGAGCUACCACUACCUGUUUGCCAACAUACACCACCUGGAGUCUGAGAGGCUCCUGCGAGGCCACACCCAUGGCAACCAUGCUCAUCCCUCUAGCCAUACUCUCCAUGUCCCCAUGGCAAUGGGGGAGGGCUUCGGUGGCGGGGGAGGAGGGGGAGGGAGCCUGCCAGAGUGUGAACCUAAGCAGAGGCAUCGGCCUGUCAACUUGCGCCACGCCAUUGCCACGGUGAUCAUCACCGGCGUGGUGUGUGGAAUCGUGUGUCUGAUGAUGCUGGCUGCAGCCGUGUAUGGCUGCGCUUAUGCUGCGAUCAUGGCCAAAUAUCAGCGGGAGCUAAAGAAGAACGAGGAGCUGGCAGCAGUGCAGGUGGCCGGUCAUGCCACAGCAGAUGAGAAGGAACCACUUGAGAAUGCUAUCGCCUAGGAGAUGAAAACAUGGACCCUGGACCAGAAACCUGGGCCUCAACCCUUUAACCUAAUUGUCUCUGGAUGCCAUGUGUGUGUGCUUGUGCAUGUACUUUUGUGAGGAAAAAAGAAGAGAGAAUGAAAUUCUUUACGUAGUUGUGUGUUCACCUCAUCACUAAGACUUGGGUAGCUAAGUUUCACAGGUAUUUGACUAUGCACUGAUGACAGUAUACUCUGCUGUAUGUGGGUAUGAUGGCCAGGCCAAAGAAUUAAAACGUAUCAAUUCCAUUUUGUCUAAGAAAUGCAUAUCAGAGAUAGGAAGAAAUCGCUAUAUAUUUAUAAUCGUGUAUUUGAGUAGUUGAGCUUUGGUAUAUUCAAAUUUCAGAAUUUGGUUGUCUUUUGGAUGUUGUUCAUAAUUUUGAGUCCGAUUUUGAAGGUCAUUUUUAAAACUCAUAGUAGGCAGCUGCUGUCAAGUUAAGUUCUGUUCUAAGUUGCUUGUAUCAUUAACGUGGGUUUAUGAGAAAACGAAUGAAAGUGUUUGUGUCAGUGUUUCAGUAGUGCUCAAGUGUGUGUGGAGAAGUAAACUGUGUGCACAUAUUUAUAUCGAAUAUGAGUCUGUGCCUAAUAAUGUGAUAUGAUUUUCAGGAGACAUAUGUUUGCAUAAAGGAUAUUUUUCUGACAGCUGAAGUGACGGUGGGAAAUUCGUUGAAGCAAUAAUGAAACAAACUAAAAUGAAAACAACAACAAAACCUGGAGCCUUGUUGUUUUUCUAUGACUUUUUACAGAUUCAUAAAGCUGAAUUUUCAUCCAGCUGCACACAGCGACAUGUACACAGUCUUUUAUAAUUACAGUUUGUGAGAUCAGUUGCUUGUGAGUUGAUGCUGAUUACAUAACGAUAGUUAUGUUAUGUAUUAUAUAAUACAAAAGGGAAACAUUUUAAUCGAUCAUUGUAUGUAUACUGACAAUCCAUUUGAGAAGGCAUGCACCAUUAGAGGGUGAAAUAAUAAUUUAAAAGAGGGAUAUUUUGAAUUUCACUGUUAGAGUGCACUUGUCUAAUUGUUUACAUGGAGGAACUAGUAUUAUUGUGAUCGUACUGUUUCAUGAUUUUAAAAUCAGACAAAACACAGGCUCAACUACACACUCUAUUGUGGAAACUAUCAAGUCAUAUUUUCUAAAGCAAAACCUGUUUAUAAGAAAAGGCAAAAAAAAAAAAUCAUGGAAAAAUGGCUCAUUUAAAAUGUUACAGUGGUUAUUUAAAAAUUAGUGCUCAUUGCAUGGGUGUUUUUGUCAUUCUCAAUUUAAUUUGAUGCUAAAGUGUGACGUUUUCUUUUGUUUAAUGUAAAAUAAGCUGACCAGAGAAAAUAGUGAAACAUACACAUAUUUCAACAAGAAUAGUGUGGAUUUUAUUUGGUAUGUCGUUAAUAAUUUGAUACAUGUAGAAGAUACAUUUGAAUAUGGGCUAUAAAAAGGUUUGUGUCUUUGACAUUUUCUCUCAUGAAUAUUGCCCAACCCUCUUUUUUCCCCCUCAAUGGAGUUCACUGGUUCCAUAAAACAAGGAAUUCUACUGUAUUAUGUAAUGCAAAAACCAGGGGUCCAAAUUUGGUCUCAUUAUUUUAUAUUAUGUAAAAUGUCCCAGAGAGGAUUUUCAGGCAGAGCUUUGAGGCAAUUAAGAAUUGUAGCCUUGUGUUCAUUAAAAGCAUUUAUUAUUCUUA